UCGUUAUUAAGCAUAAUCACUAAAUGUAAUUCACCAAGAUCCAUGCAGCCAAAUAAAUGAAACACAUUAAAUUAAGUAUAAUCCAAUGUCUUUAAUCUCUCAUUCACAACCCCUCCCAUCGACAAAAUCUGCACAUGCGCAGUGGGGCUCCUCAGUGCGCUGUUUCGGCCUGUUUCGGCACUGGCCGGACAUUUUCGCCUCUUUGUUUUACUGAUAGUGGAUUUAACUCGGAUUCAACCCAAUAUCCAGCGGACCGCUCCGGCCAUAAACAGCUGUGUGAAGUGGAGCACAGGAUGCAGUGUUAACACCACCCUGUGUCUCGCAGAAGAAGCCCGGCUUCCAGACCCUCAGCAGUAGACACAUGGCGACAUUAGGGAACCCCGAGAUGUUAACCAGGAAGAUUAAACUGUGGGACAUCAACGCCCACAUCACCUGUCGUCUGUGUGAGGGGUACCUGAUCGACGCCACCACGGUCACUGAGUGCUUACACACCUUCUGCAGGAGCUGUUUGGUGAAAUACCUAGAAGAGAACAACACGUGUCCCACAUGUCGGAUUGUCAUUCACCAGAGCCAUCCACUGCAGUACAUCGGCCAUGACCGAACAAUGCAAGAUAUUGUCUAUAAGUUGGUGCCAGGGCUGCAAGAAGCGGAGAUGACAAAACAGAGAGAAUUUUAUCAGAAGUUAGGCAUGGAGGUGCCUGGAGACGUCAAAGGAGAGCUGUGUAACGUGAAAACCCACCUGGACUCACAGCGCAAUGGUGAUCUGAAAUCAGAAGAUCCAGCCAGUAAGGAAGCAGGAGACGAGAAAGCAGAGGAGGACAAUGACUACCAUCGCAGUGAUGAGCAGGUGAGUAUCUGUCUGGAGUGUAACAGCAGUAAGCUCAGAGGACUCAAGCGGAAGUGGAUUCGUUGUUCGGCUCAGGCGACUGUUCUCCACCUCAAGAAGUUCAUCGCGAAGAAGCUAAACCUGACAUCUUUCAAUGAGCUGGACAUCUUAUGCAAUGAAGAAAUCUUGGGCAAGGACCAUACUUUGAAAUUUGUUGUGGUAACAAGAUGGAGAUUUAAGAAAUCCCCCCUCCUCCUUCAUUACAGACCUAAAAUGGAUCUGCUGUAGUUGGACAAAAAUGCUUGGUUGUUUUGGCCCAGUGGCUGAGGACUGUGCUACGUGCUAUAUAUGCAGAGACCAUCAACGCCCACACCAAACAAACACUCGUCAACACAGAUACGAGCCAGCAAACAACAAAACCAGCACAGCCACUGCGACACUGGCGACUUUUGGGAACAACCGCUUUUCUCUGUUUGUUCGUCUGCUAUAUGUCCUAUAUAUGUGAAAAAUUGAGAGAAAGCAUAUAUUUAUACUUUUGUAUAGAUGAGAGAAGUGGAACCAAGACUCUAUCGCGCUGUUUACACUAUAAAAAAAAGACAAAAAAAAGGUCAUGAGAAAAGGUUGAACUUUUUUUUUUUUUUUACCAUUGGACUUUGUUCCUACUUCAAUUAUGGGCAAAAAGAUGGUGCUCGGUGUCUGCCGCCCUCCGUGGAAGUGUCCACUUUUACACUGCUAACCAGAAGAGAAGAGGCGUUUCAAACUGACCGCUCUCUCUCAGGUCUUACCCAACACUUCUCGGGAGUGCGGAGCCUUUCGAAAGCUCAUAUAAAGCAGUUUAUAUGAGUGUAUUAUUUCAGAGCGGUUUCUUUCUUUACUUUUCGGCGUCGCUACGAGUGGAAUUGUGAAUAGGCAAAUUUAUGUGUAGUAUUUAUGUUCUAUUUACCAAUAUUGUAUAUAAAAGUUGUUGGUGGAGAGAAGGGAUGAAAGAUGUUAUGAAAGUGUGUGUGAAAGACUAAACGGCUAGAAAAAUAGAGACAGAUUGGAGUGGUUUUCCAAAAAUGCUAUAUUUUGGCUUGUGUUUAUGUGGCUACAUGGAAAAGACAUAAAUAUUCAGCUAAAUAUUUUCACCCCAAAAUCAAAAGAAAAAAAUAAAUUCUAUUUUGCCUAAAGGAAAUUUAGCUUGGUUUUGGGACUAUUAAGAUUUGUUUUUGCCGUUAUUUUCAUUUUUCUCAAUACAGAUUUGCAUUACUGUAAUACAGUAAAACGUGUAUUACAGUAAAUGGUAACUGUGUAUUUCAGUAAAAGAAAAAUCAUUAUUUACAGCACACCUUAUAGUCAGUACAGUGUAUACAUAUGUGAUUUAUAAAUAAAAUUUUAAAAUAACAUUUCUUUACAUUUCUAAUCUUUUAUUUUGUAUUUGCAUUGCAUUAAAGAGCAGAUUUGUAGAUUGUUAUUUAUUAAGAAAAUAAUGUCACGAUGCAAAAAAGUCUUAAUGGUCAUAAAAACAAUCUACUUUUUCUUAAAUAAAAUGUAAUAAAUGAAUUAUAAUAAUUAUUAUCAUCAUUUUAGAAAUUAUUUUACAAAAGAUAUAUAAAUUAUUUAACGUUUUUCCCUCUUUUUUUCAUUCGAUUUUGGGGUAAAAUAUGACCCAAGUAAGUUAUGAAAUUCACUCUAUCAGUACAUCUCUUUUAAGUGGUGCAGAUGUUUUUUGAUGCAAAAAGCUUAUAUUUUGGUUCUCUUUAAUUAAGGAUGAAUUUUAAGUGUCUAAUUAAACGCAUCAGUGAUUAAAAUUGAUUUUUGAACAGGAAAGGUGCUUUUAAUCAUUUGAUCCUCCCGAAUGUUAAUUUACAGCUCUAGAAUCUUUAAGGAUGUGUGAGGAUGAUCCUUAGUAUGUUAAUAUCUUUAAUUUACUUUCACAGACAGCCAACCCUGUCAUAUGAUCCCAUAGCCUCAAUGUCAUAUAUGCAAUGCAUUACCAUUUAAUUGAAGAUGUAACAUUCAGUCCUUACAAUGAUGUGAUGUCAGUUCUCUGCUCCUCAACAGUAUGAAUGUAACCCACAAGUAACCGUCCAUAUGUAUUGUACAGUUAUUUGUUUUAUCACUGUCUUUAGUGCCAAAGGCUUCAUACUCCCUCCUGACUUCACUCUAUUCCAGAUGGCAAGCUGCAUGGAAGGCAGAAUGCGAAAAAGCGCUUGACCUUAACUGAUUUAAUAUAGAGGAAAAUUUAGAUCGGAGUAUGUUUUUUCGAGUUAGGUUGGUGAAAAUUGGCUAGUUGUUGAAAUCGAUGGUUUUAUUAUUUAUUUAUCUUUUUUUGUGAGCCCUCAAUGAAUUAAAGUUAUUUUUUAUUUCCAUUGUGGCAGACAAACUGCUUCUAGUUGAUCAAACAUUAAAGGGCUCUUAUCAGAUUUCUAACGUAAAUGUAUUUGAAAUCUUUCUCAAAGAGCUGAUUGAAUUUUUUUAUAUCCAAACGUUUACUUAAAAAGGUCUUUUACUUUUAAACAAAGGGUCAACUUUUACACGGGUAAAUGCCAAACCAGCUUGACCACAUUUCUCUGGAUAUCAUCAAGUUAUUCCACCAAUACUGAUUUUAUUUUAUUUUAUAUCCAAUACUGGAGUCUUGCCCAUGAGUCUUUUUUCUUAUAAUGUGAAUUAUCUCAGUUUGCGUUCUGUUUUCAGCUUUUCUGCAUAUUGUUUGGCUUUAUUGCAUUGCCAAUAUGCUCUCAUAAAGGAGAUGAUGUCAUGGUUUUAAGUAUUGCGUUCUUGUAUGUAUCCACCAUUUCACACAAACAUUUAAAUGGCUAGCAUUCCAAACAGACUGCCGGUUUAUUCCUGGUGAUGAAAAUGCAACAAAUGCACAAUUUCACGGUUUUAUUUAAUGCGUUUCUGAUGCUCGUCAUUUCUUGGGGUCAUUGCCAUGGUGAAGGCUGGUGUUCGCUGCCGUUUCUCCCAUUUGAGCCAAUAACCGGUGCUAAUCUUUUGUACCUUUUACAAAUAAACCGAACUAAACAUGGUGCAGACCAGAGCUGAGUCUUAAAAUACCUGUACAGCUCUUUGAAAUGUUUGGUGCUCUCAGGUCGUGUAAAACUUGUUUUUACAGCCUGUCUUCGAGGACGGUUGGUUAUGGAUUCAUGAAUUUUCUUUUACUGCUGUCCUAGGUCAAACUGAAUAAAUCUCAAAUGGCAAAUUCGUUGUCAUAAAGAACACUAGCAUUUAGAGUAAGACCUGUUGUGUAUCCUUCCAUAGCUUUUCUCGAUCAUUCCAGGAUUUGAACAUGGCAACUUGUUCUGGCACUGUUCUAUAUUGUGAAACCUCUAUCACAAAUCUCUAUGCGGUUGUUCCAUUUUUUGGCCAUGAAGGCAAGUCGGAAGACAGGGUUUUUUGCCUUAGUAUUGUUUAACUCACCGCACAGUUCCACUCUCCCAGGGCCUCAUUGUGCAUGAGAGGUGUGUUAGCGCUCUGAGGUAGAUUCACUAUCCUGUGCAGUAUUGGGAUUGAUUGAUACUCGGGCCAUGUUAUCAGGCUUGCAUUGAGACAUCCGCGCUACUUCACUUGACAGGCAGGCUGUAAGAAGCUUACUAGAGACCCGCUUUACUGCUUUAGAAGCUGUGGACUGUGUCCAGACUGAAGUUGCCAAGCCUGGAGGCUGGUCUUAUCUUCUCCGUUUGCUAGUUUUUUUUUUUGGCAGCAUGUGGCCCUGCGACAAUGGUGCUCCGUGACUGACUUUGAAAUUCGAAACUGAGCUGAAUCUGGAGAUGUAGAGAUGAUAUCAGAGGACGAUCCUUUGGUGAAUCUCAGGAAAUAAUCUGUAACGUAUCUGGGUCAUAUUUCACCCCAAAGAAAAAAAAGAAGUUAUUUUUUUGCUAUUGUGUAAUGACCAAUGUGAUGUUUUGAAAUACAUUUUUUUCCUCCAAUUGUCAUCAAUGUGAUGUAAAAAUAUUAUAUUUAAUUAUUUAUACAUGGAAAUAUUUCUUGUAGGCAUUUAUGCUGAUGUAAUUCAAUGUGAAUUUUGUGGGGGAAAACUGAGAAUGGCCAGAUUGGAGCAAGUUUGGCUUAACUGGCAUGUAAAAUUUUAUCAUCUACUCCUUCUCAAGUUUUUCCUAACUGGUAUUCAUUUUUCCAUAUAGUGUAUUUCUGUGGCUACCAGAAACUGUUUGGUUACCAAAAUUCUUCAUAAUAUAAUAUAUAUAGGAAAGAAACCCAUACAGGUUUGGAACAACUAGAGGACGAGUAAAUCACGAUAUAAUUUUCAUUUUAAGGUGAACUAUCCCUUUAAUGGUCUAAUAAUAAGGUUAAUGUUCUAUAUUUAUUUAAUUUCUUCUUUUUUUAAGGGAGUGAAAUUUGACCUAGACAUGUUUUCAUGAUUCACCUCUUUGUGACAACAGAAAACAUUUCAAUAAAAUAAAAACUACCAAUUUCUCCAUCGUGCAAGAUUUCAGCUGUGCUGAAAAGCACUUCUUAUUUAUUGUCAUUUGAAAAGCUUACAGCAGCCCUAAAAGGGCACCAUUUGGGUUUAUUUCUCCUUCUGUAUAUCAUCUCUCUCCAGUCAGUCUCUCGAGUCAGGAUCGUCUGUCCUCUGAGUCAUCUGUCGUGAUUGUAUUCUCACUAGAGCAGUGUGUUUAAAGAGCACUCUGCAUUAAGGUCUGAGAGUCUGUAAAAUCAGACACACAGAAACCGCAAUCCUGUCCUAAUAGGGUUUCUGCGGGUGACUUUUCUAGGGUUGUGUUGAUUGAGCUACUAAGACUGGUCAGUUUUUGGGUUCCACUGAUUAUGAGUCUGAUUGGCUAGUGAUUGCAAGGUAUGCCACGAUGUCUAUUGUUUGCUGUCGGUUAAAAGCAUUAAAACAUCCCUGUACAAAAUCUGUCUUGUUUGGGCAACUGGUUUUCACAGUUAUUCACAGUCUGGGUAUUGUAUUUGGAUUGUUGUUGAUUAGAAGCGACCAACCUUCAAGGUGGCAUCCUCAAAUGAGCCAUAGAUAUUUAUCAGACUUCUCACAUUUCCCCCAAUUAAAUGUUAUUUAUUUUUACUGUAAAGACUGAAGUGUUCUGAAAUAUAAAGACUGCCGAGAUUUGCCGCCUCUCAUUGAUAUCUUUAUCUGUACAUGCUUUGAUUGAUUGACAUAUACAGGAUUUGAACAUGAUGAAAUAGUGUCACUUAAGCAUUAUAUCCCUUUUUCUUCUCUGCCAUUCAGUAUAUAGUCUUAUCCAUGGAUGCGCUUUGUGUAUGAAAGAAGCUGAAAAUUCAUUUUAAGGUUUUGGUGGGAUUGGGAAAAGCAUUGAGAUUGGGUCGUGUGGAACGAUCAUUAUGUAUCCAAGGAAAAAAAAGUGCAAUAUAUGUCUCUCAGAUGGUUCUUGGUUUCAGCUCUGGAAGCUUCAUUCGAUUUAUAUCUGUUCGUUAGGUGCUCAGGUCACAGAUAGAGUCCAUACAGUUCUCAUUCCUCUGAUUCUACGGGUGCCUGCUUGGCGCAAUUCACACUAAUGUUCCAAACAUAGCACAUUGUUUUCCUCACAUUUUCUUUUUUUCCUUUUGCAACAGCUAUUCAGUUUCUUUAAGUGGUAAAAUAUUGACAUUUUAAUAGUGUCCUUUUCCUUGUCUCUUUUUUUUCUGGCGUAAUGAUUAUUUAUUGCACAUGGUUUCCAUAGUCACACAAAGGAGUUUUGUUCAAACUGGGCUGGAGUUUCUUACAAUUUUAUGGAAGCUUUUGUUGAAAUUUUGAAAGUGUGUAUUUCAUGAAUAAAUGCCUUAAAAAUAA